AUGUUACAACAAUCUUCCAAACUAUUGAGGCUUCUUCACAAUAUUAGUCGCUACAAUAACGACUGUCUGUAUAUUUUUCAAGUAGGAUAUGUGAGGAGAUGUGCCAGUACUUUGAUAACGUGUAAUCAUAACACAAGAUACAAGUUACACAUUGUAACCAAUUCUCUUGGUUCAAACAAAGUAGGACAUCCAGAGGAAUGGAGAUGGGUACUUGUUUCAAUGUCCAGAUCAAUUUCUGUUCUCGCGAAAACUCAGAAAGAAGAGUCUGGAAACCUGGGUAAGCAGGAUCAGGAACCACAGCAGACGAUAAUAGAGUUGAAGGAAGAGAAUUUGGGGCAAUUGAAGGAAAGAAAACUAGAUGUCAAACCUGUUUCUGCCAUUGAUAGCCAAACUCAGAAAGAAAAACCACAAGAUAUUCCAGUGGAAGUUACAGAAGUUGCUGCAACAAAAAAAGCCAAAAAGAAAAAGGUCGACAGAGGCACUUCCUCGCUUGAACGUAAUUUCAUUACACCAGUCAGAGCUAUGUCAGAUUUUUUACUCAAGCCCUCUGAUCUUGAAGAUCUACCAAAAACCAAAAGAAGAUCACCUUAUGAGUUUGAACUACCGAUCACUGUUUAUUGGAGAAAAGAUGUUGAAGCUAAAGCCCUGGAAGUUUGGGGAUCGCGAGAAGCCCUAUCAAAGGAACUUCUUAAGAAAGAGCUUGAGCAAAAAGCCUAUCAGCAAAACGUAUUUACUGUGAAAAGAAGACUGAGAGAUUAUAGGCGAGAAAUGGGUAGCAAGGCUGAAUUCGUCCAAGACCAGGAAGGUCUUUUCGGAAGAUCCGGCAAAGUCGUUUUGACUGCAAUUGCGAUAAAUGCGAGUAACUUUAUAUGUAAGCUAUGUGCUUGGGUAUUCACUGGUUCGCAUAGUAUGUUUGCAGAGUGUGUGCACUCUGCUGCAGACACUUGUAAUCAAUUAAUAUUAGCAUAUGGAAUUCAUAAAUCAGUACAGAAUCCUAAUCCUGACCACCCAUACGGUUACACAAACAUGAAAUACGUUUCCUCCUUGAUAUCCGGUGUUGGGAUCUUUUGCGUUGGAGCUGGCCUGUCAAUUUAUCAUGGAAUUCACGGCCUUUGUAAUCCUUCGCCGGUAGAACCAUUCUACUGGGCAUACUGUGUGUUAGGUGGUUCUUUAGUAUCUGAGGGGGCAACACUGUUGGUUGCAAUUCAGUCAAUAAGGAAAGGGGCGGAAGAGAAGCAAAGAACGUUUAAGGAAUACGUACUAGCAGGACAAGAUCCGUCCGUAAAUGUUGUGCUCCUGGAAGACUUUGCAUCCGUCGUUGGUAUUACUACCGCGACCAUCUGCAUGAGUCUAACUUCGUAUACCGGAAAUUCGAUGUUCGAUGCCACUGGAUCCAUUUUGGGCGGCUUUCUUCUCGGCGGUGUAGCAUCCUUUAUAAUUCACACGAAUACCGCUGCCCUAAUAGGAAGAAGCAUAUCUCAAGAUGACCUUGAUAAGAUCAAUGCAGAAUUAGAGUCGGACAUAAUGGUUCGAGCAAUUUACGAUGUUAAGGGUAUCGAUAUGGGUAAUAAUUUAAUUCGAUACAAGGCCGAAAUUGAUUUCGACGGAAGGGAAUUGACAAGAUCGUACCUGGAUAAAAAUGAUCUAGCCGCGAUGUUGAAGGAAGUAAAAAGUAUGGAAAACAUCGAUGAAUUGGAGACAUUUAUGUUGAAGCACGGUGAAUGCAUCGUUGAUAUGGUUGGCGGUGAGAUAGAUAGAAUGGAGCUCAAACUAAAGAAAAAACAGCCAGAUAUUCGACAUUGCGAUCUAGAGAUCUUAUAAACUUACUUCAGGGUAAGGGUAUACAAAACCGUAUAUGGUAUAUAUUUUGAUGUAAAU